AUGUUCAUGAGAAAACACACAUACUUACGUGUUUCGUUAACGGAAAAAUGCAAUUUUAGAUGUCUCUAUUGUAUGCCGGAAGAGGGGAUUCCAUUGAAACCAAAUGAUCAAAUGCUGACGGACGCGGAAAUCCUUCGAUUGGUCCACCUUUUUGCAAGACAUGGUGUCGACAAAAUACGUUUGACUGGAGGUGAACCAACGAUUAGAAAAAACAUUGUUAAAAUCGUUGAACAAAUUGCAUCUGUGGAAGGAAUUAAAGACAUCGGAAUGACGACUAAUGGCUUGGUUCUCCAUCGAAUGCUUCCAGAUUUUCUCGAUACUCUUGAUAAACGAAAAUUUGCUCUGCUAACUCGUAGGGAUGGAUUCGACAAAGUUUGGAGAUCUAUUAACACAGCCAUCAAUUAUUUGCCAAAAGUCAAACUCAACGUGGUCGUGAUGAAUGGGAAAAAUGAGAAAGAAGUGGUUGAUUUCAUUGCACUCACAAAAGAUAAGAACCUGGAUAUCCGAUUUAUUGAAUUUAUGCCAUUUGGUGGCAAUCAUUUUGAAAGAGAUCAGUUCUACAGCUACCGCGACAUGUUAAUGUCCAUCCUGGAGAAAUAUGGAGACGACGUUGUGAAAAUCACAGAUUCCCCAAAUGAUACGACAAAGGCCUACAAAAUAAAACGAUUUCAAGGUCAAUUUGGUUUCAUAACUUCGAUGUCCGAUCACUUCUGCAACACAUGCAAUCGCCUUCGAAUUACAGCGGAUGGUCAUUUGAAGGUGUGUCUUCAUGGCAAUACGGAAGUUAAUCUACGCGAUAAAUUACGAGCUGGUGAUACCGACGAUGUCCUGAGUGAUAUUAUCCAGGCCGCGGUUAAUAGGAAAAAGGCAAAACACGCCGGUUUCAGGUAUGGACGCUCUCAAGAAUAUGCCAAACCGUCCAAUGAUCUUGAUCGGAGGAUAAAGAUCCCUACGAAAUUAACCCAUGUAGAUUCUAAUGGUAAUGCUCGCCAAGUCGACGUUUCCGAUAAAUCCCCAACAAUCCGCAUUGCAAUUGCUAAAGGAACAAUUGCGUUGACCCCCGAAGUAUCACAACAAAUAACAAACAACUGCAUAAAAAAGGGUGAUGUUUUAACGGUGGCCAAGAUCGCUAGCAUAAUUGGGGCCAAGCAGGUUCCUAACAUCAUUCCUCUUUGCCAUUCUAUUCAUCUCGAUUUUAUUGAUACAGUGUUCAAGCAUGAUAUAAAUAAUCACCUUCUUCACGCCACUUCAACUGUGAAAUGUUUUGAAAAGACGGGAGUCGAAAUGGAAGCAAUCACUGCAGUCUCUAUUGCUCUUCUCACGGUAUAUGAUAUGUGUAAAGCAAUCACUCAAAACAUGGUUAUUCGCGACAUUCGUCUUGUUCAUAAAUCCGGCGGGAAAACUACAUUCAAUGCUACCUAG